GACUACAGCGAUGCAAGGAGUGUGUUGGUUCGAGGCCGGGCGACUCUGAAGCUUCAGAGUAACAAACCAACCGUCAACAUGGAGUCUCAAAGCACAGAGAUUGAGGUCCACAUUUAUCCCGACUCAGGCCAGGAGGUGGACUCCAGUGCCCCCCUGUGGAUCAUUGUGGUGUCUGCCCUUGCAGGAGUCUUACUGCUGGCUCUGAUCUGCCUACUGCUCUGGAAGUGUGGUUUCUUCAGGAGAGCCAGAACCAGAGAGCUGUACGAGGCAAAGACCCAGAAAGCCCACAUGAAGAGCCAGCCGUCUGAGAACGAGAGGCUGGAGGAGGAGAUCUGAGGCUGGGCACACUGCUGGCAGAGAGCCCCGCUUGCGGCUUCUUUGAACGUCGGAGGUCGUGGCGGGCCGCUAAACUCCACCAGGGGAGGAUUGUGGGUAAAGACAGACAGCAACAGCAGCAGUACACGGACGCCGACGGCUUCCUGAUCCAAGAUCACGCCACCUCGUCCAGAAACAGGAAGUCCCCCAAACACUGGGUCACUUCCUGGACUGAGACGCACUGAGAGACCGAACCGGGCUGAACCAGACAGAACCAGACCAACACACUGCCAUCAACCUGCUGGGACUGUGUGUGUGUGUGUGUGUGUAAACAACAACAGAUUGGUUUAUUGUUUAUCUGUAUUUGUAAUAUUGUGUGUUUAUUGUGUGACUCGCUGUGUGUGUGUUUGAACUGCAUUUCCCAGCAUCCUCUUAGCCUCUGAGCAAUCAGAUAUAAAGAAAUGAAUGUAGAUGUUUGGACAGUGUUCGUAUAAAUCAAUCAGAGACUGAUUAUUGAUUUGGGAAUUGAUCAGCAGGAAGUGAUUUGUAGUUAAAGGGCUGAGUGAAGAAUAAAUAGUGGUCUGCUCCUUUAAGAUGGCAGCAGAGGUCACAUGGCCGCAGAGGUCAGUGCAAGCUUUAUUGUGAUGUUGUUUCCGUACUGCCCUCAAUGGCUCCUCGUUAAAACGUGUGGGUGUUGCGUUCAGGUACUGAAGGAUCCUAUAAAGAUGCUUCUUGUUGUAGUUUUAGGAAUCAGCACAGCUACUUCUACUGCCCUUUUUUCUAAGUGUUUUAUAUAGUUGUGAUAUUUCUGACAGCACUUGAAAGCAUCACCUGUGUGUCCGGGAUGCAUUCAGUGUCACUGUGAAUGUCUGCCGCUGAUAUUAAAGUAUUUUUUAUACACUCUG